CACGUCAAACUUCUUCUCUUUGCACUUUUCAGCGUUCUUUACAUUCUCACGAUAGUUGGAAAUGGAUUUGUCAUUUUCCUCGUCUGCAGAAAACGUCAGCUUCGCACUGAAACCAACACAUUCAUUGUGUCCUUAGCAGUGGCUGAUUUUGCUUUGGGAGUGAUUGCUGUUCCUUUGCGUUUUCUCUCAGUGGCCGACUUUUGUGUUGGGAUGAUAGCUGUUCCUUCCCGCUUUCUCUGCGACAUGGUAAAUAAGUGCAUCACCAGUAAAACAGCAAUCUUCAUUGGGAUUUAUGUCAGAGUAUUUUUAGUGUACGCAUCUGGGUCAAACCUAUAUAGUUUAGCACUUGAACGCUACAUCGCCGUGGCGAAACCGUUGAAAUACUUGACUUUUAUGACGAGCCGCCGAGUCAUUCAGAUGGUUCUUACAUCGUGGGCAAUUCCUUUUCUUUUGGCUGUUAUUCUAUUAUCGAUGACAUUAAAUUCAUUCCAUCGUCUCAGCGCUUAUUUCCAUCUGUUUUUCGAA